AUAUCUUUCAUAGAGAAAAAGUACAUAACAAUUCCACUAGCGCAGCGAUGAGGAUGAACUACACAAUCGCCAUUCUGCUGAUUUUAAUAUCAGCAAGCAAUCAAGCUUCUUCAGCGUGCUUCAAAUCCAUCAUCAGCUUCGGAGAUUCGCUUGCCGAUACCGGCAACGCAAUCCAUCUCGCUCCAUCCGACACUUAUCCGUACUCCGCCAUGCUGCCGUAUGGACAAACUUUCUUCCACCGUCCCACCGGGAGGGCCUCCGACGGCCGCCUCAUCAUUGAUUUCAUCGCUGACGCUUUGGGGCUUCCGUUUGUGCAACCAUUUUUUCGUCCAAGCAGCUGCGAUUUCAGCGGGGGUGUGAAUUUCGCGGUGGCGGGAUGCACGGCGCUGGCGGACUCGUUUUGGGCGGAGGAGGGGAUCCAGGUUUGGUUGGCAAAUACGUCUCUUGCUGAUCAGUUGAGUUGGUUUAAGGAACUGUUUUUGCCCAAAUUUUGCCACACCCCUUCAGAUUGCAAGAAUUAUCUAGAAACCUCCCUUACUGUGGUGGGAGAGAUAGGAGGCAAUGACUACAAACAUGCAUUGCUUGGAGGAAAAAGCUUCCAAUCAACACUAGCACUUGUUCCUAAAGUUGUAAAAGCAAUCAGCUCAACAAUAAAUGAAUUGAUCAAGCUUGGAGCAAAGACCAUAUUGGUUCCUGGUAAUUUGCCUAUGGGAUGUUCGGCAGUUUAUCUUACUUACUUCAAAACCUCGAAUCAAACAUUCUACGACCCCAAAACAGGCUGUCUCAACUGGUUAAAUGCGGUUUUUCGCCACCACAACGAACUGCUUCAGACAGAACUCAACCGGAUCCGACAGCAGAACACAAAAAUCAACAUAGUCUACGCGGACUAUUACAAUGCUGCAAUGCCGUUUUACAAGUCCCCACAAAAAUAUGGAUUCAUAGAAGGAGCCCUUAUAGCCUGCUGCGGAUGUGGAGGACCGUACAACUAUAAUCAGACGUCCUUCUGCGGUUUCGAAGGAUGUAGCACGUGCGAGGAUCCAUCCUUGCACGUGAGUUGGGAUGGUCUCCAUUUGACAGAGGCGGCUUACGGAGUAAUUGCAGAUAGUUUGCUAGGGGGAUCUUUUACCAUUCCUCCGCUCUCUGAGUUAUGUGUUUUGCCUUCAAAAACCAUGAUUAUGGUGACUUGAUUUAUAUUGUAGUUCA